UUUAAUUAUGUUUUAUGCCCAAUUUGUCUUAUCCAAAAAAGGCCCGCUUGCAAAAAUAUGGCUAGCAGCACAUUGGGAAAAGAAACUUUCAAAAACUCAAAUUUAUGAGACAAAUGUGCAGGAUGCUGUUGCAGAAAUUAUUCAACCAAAGGUCAAACUUUCUUUGCGAACUACUGGACAUUUACUUCUUGGAAUUGUCAGAAUUUAUUCUCGCAAGGCCAAAUAUGUUUUGGCUGAUUGUAACGAAGCUUUUAUUAAACUUAAAAUGACUUUUAAACAUGGAAGUACUUGUGACCUUGCUCUUCGUGACAGAGAAGACAGAAUGGGGAGUACUGACAUUCCUGAAGUGAUUACUGAUUUUUAUGACAAUCUUCCGGAAAUUAAUGAUUUUGAUCUUGGCCCGCUCGGCGAAUUUCAAGCAAAUCAGAGCCGAAUUGAUGAUAUUACACUUCGAGAAGAACGACCAAAUGCUUACAACAAAGGCCUUGAUUUCGUUGCGACAACAGAUGGAGAAGGGUUUGACGAUUUUGGAGAGAAAGAUAGACGAGCUCGCUCUCGAAGUAUUUUUGAAGAAAUGGAAGAAGAAAUGGAACAACAACGAAGGGAAUCUCGCAAUUCUGUGGCAGCACCAGGAGAAAGUUUUUUGAUUCCUCGAGAUCAAAGUCUUCUUAGAGAAGAUGGACCGCCACAAAAGGACAAGGAAGGAUUCGAACUUUUUAAUAGCGAUUUGAAUGAUUUUGGGACUGCUGAAGAUUUGGAUUUGUUUUUUAAUGCUUCGGAUUUGGGAAGAGAAUUAGAACUCAAUAACCAAGCGGCCGCCACUCCAAUGGCGCCAGGAGACGAUAUAGAAGACCAGCCGAUGGAUGUUGGAGAAAUGCAGCAAGUCCCCAACAAUGAAUUAAGUUUUCAAUUGGAACCAAUUGAGCAGCAGCCACAUCACGAAAGAAUGCGACAUAAACGAAAGCGCAAAUUAAUUAUUGAUGAACAAAAAAGUUUAACGGGAGAAGAAAUGAAAGCUAAUAUGGCAGAUUAUAGUGACACCCUCCAACCGCUUGAUUUGGCACCACCAACAAAACAAUUAAUGCGUCUUCGCGAAAAUUGUCAACUAGAAAAGAUUUUAAUGAUGCCGGCUAAUGCAGAAUGGAUUUUAGAUCCUGAAAUUAUUCGCAUAUACCAAUCACGUUUGGAACUCCACGCGGCUGAUCCCUAUGAUAUUGCUGAAAGCGAUUUGCGUCUCGAUUUGGAAUUGUCUGACACAAUUGUUGAGGAAGAAAUUGCUCGAGAUCGUCCUGAAAGUGCACCUGUUGAAGCCAACGAAAAUUUAGUUCCAGAACCAGAAAUGGAGGUGUCACAGGAAGUUCCAACAGUCCCAGAAACUUUAACUUCCCCACCACCUGUGGAAAAGAAAUCGGAAAAGAGACGCGCUCGUGUUGAUAAAGAUGAAGAGGAAGUUGAAGAGGAGGAAUUAUUUACUCGCAGAACGAAAAAUGUUUUACAGGCGAUUGCAACUAAAAUACGUUCAAACAGCGAGAAUAAGAUAACAUUCGACGACUUAUUAACAAAAGGGUCAACACGUAGGACAGCCGCGCAGAAAUUCUAUGCUCUUUUGGAACUUAAAAAAUGGCAAGCAAUAGAGAUUGAACAGGAAGAGCCUUAUGGACCAAUAGAAAUCUCAUCGGGACCUCGACUACAAGAAACAAUGAAAUUCCCAGUCUGAGUCCUUAUAAAUUAAUUUGUUCUUAAGGUUUUUCUUAAGUAUUUUGUUCUUAAAUAUCCGAUACUCCUUACUUAUUUUAAGCUUAAUUUUCUGUAUUUUUACUUAAAAAAUAAAUGUAAAUUAACUAUAAUUUUUAUA